AAGAUUAACAAACCUCGUAACAUACAGAAUAUAACAGGGUAUGUGACCAGCACCACACAGUUCAAUAGGUUUUUUUGUUUUUUAUUAGUUUGUUUGUUGGCAUCCAUGAUGUGGAGGCGUAUUACAGAACAAUAGGAAAGAGCUGGCUGCUGUGUAACAAAUUUGCUGCUAUUAAGGUAGGUACGGGGGCAAGACCUCAGCAACAGCCCUUAAGAUGGAAAGGAGAUGAUGUGUUUGAUACAUGAAAGGAGCUGCCUCAGCUGUGUUUCUCUGCCUGCUCAGUGCCCAUUCACCAUCACUCUGUCCCUGAAGAGGACCUCAAGGUCUGCCCCCUGCUGCCUGUGAGCCAGGACUAGGCACAGAAAGGCAAGGCCACAGCACUGGUUUCCAAUUCCUCAGUAAUGCUGGAUUUCCAAUAAUGUACUUGUAUACACAAAUACAGUGUGGUAAGUUACAAUAUAUACUAAUCAUUUCUUACAUAGGACAACAGUUGAUUGACUAAAACUAAUUCUAUUUUAAAAAAAGAAAAGAAUCCUGGCUCUUGUGGAAAUAUACAAAGAAAUAUCUACGAUGGUGGGCAAUGAAUUCUGCCAUGGACUGAACUCAGAAAGGUGGGGUUGUGAGAAAGAUGCAUGGUCAAAUAGCCCACCAGGUUCACAUUGUGUCAACUUGAUUUAAUCUAAUGACAAAGAAGUGGAGUAUCUCUGAUGGCUUCCUUCUAAUCCCUUGAAAGGAUCCCUGGGGAUUGGCCUCAGUACAUCACACUUCUUGAUGGGGCAACAACACUCAAGGAAGCUUGAGAUUGUCAUAGGCACAGUAUUAUGCUACAUAUACAAAGUAGAUAAUACUACGAUGUUCAGAUGAUGAUAUCCAUUUGUAUGCACUCUUAAGGUGAACCUAAGGAAAGAGAGAUCAAGGUCCUUAGAAUGGAAAGAUCAGUCCCAGUUUUUUUUUUUUUUCUACCAUUCCAAACUGAACGACUGGUAGGGAGAGAAUGGUAGAUAAUCGAGAAUUGGUGGAUGAUGCUUUGAAUGCAGGGUGGGUUUCUGUGCUGGUUUUAGACAGGGUCUCAAGUAUCCCAUGUUGCCCUCUCCCUGGAUGGCCAGGUUCACUUUGAGCUCAGAUAAACCUCCUUCCACUUUCCAAUAGAUAGGCUUACAAGAGUGGCUUCCAAGGACUGUGAGGACAGCAUUAGCCUUUGACAGUUGAGGUGUGUAACCCACAACUAUAGUUUUAGCCACGUUUUCCCAUGUCUACCAGCUAUUUCAGAUUGUUGCUGUUCUAUGCCUGACAAUCGGGGACACAGAAAAAAAAACUGAUAGAGAGCAAGGACAUGGUGAUCACAUCCUUACCUCUUCUGUACGUUCUGGAUGAGGUUUGUUAAAAUUCCAAUAUUGCAAAAAGCUUUAUAUAGGGCCCAUCUCAUCAAGGGUCACUGUGUACUGUUCUAUCUAAAAUGUCUAAUCAGAACUGACUACCAUAUAACACUUCCUGCAGUCCUCAUAUGAGAAACUUGGGAUUUUGUUUUGACUUUUUCUUUUCUCUGUCUCUCUUAUUUUUUGCUAUAUAAGUUGAGAGAAAGAUAGUUAGGGCCAUGAAUUUGCCCCCAAAAUUUGAACUAUGGAUAUGAUCAAUCAAUGUUAGUGUGUGCAUUCUGUAAAGUAUUCAUUUUUCACUAUGAUAGAUGCUUUUGUGUUUGGUGUGGUGGCCAUUUCCCAGUGUACAGGUGCUGGGACCUUGCUCUAUCCACUUAAUGAUGUUUAUAGCCUCAUUUUAGACCUUUCUGUGCACCCCCUAUAUCUCUUGACUAUUUUAUUUUUUUGAUAGAAGCUCAUGGUAUAUCUUACUCAGGCCUGUGAGCAGUGCUCCUUUGGCGACAUUGGUGCAGAGAGGAGAACCCCACCACCAGCAUGAGGUUCCCUUCACUGCUGGCUCCAAUAUUGCACUUUCCUCUGCCAACUGGUCUCCACACUUUUCCUAGCAUUUAAAGACUUCAACUCUUUCUCCUAAGGAAUUUUCUGGCAAUUGUCGAUUGCUAAGCACAUGACUUCAUGAGUGUUCCCCUAACACACACCCAUGUUGUAACCUACCAUGCAGACUAUUUCUUGAUGUGAUAUAAAACACCUGUACAUAAUGAGACAGGAGAACUUUUGACUGCAUAUUCAAGCUGGUGUGAAAUCUCAGGAAGCUUUAAUGGCUAACAUUGGUGAAUGAGGACAAUUUGAGUUAGGAUGAGACAUUUUGGGGCAAGAUAUAGAAGGAAACAUUCAUUUAGAUGCAUAGGAAUUACUAAGGUUUUUUUAUAAUCAAGCCUUGAAGAAAAUUUGGCUUUGGAAGCAGGAGAUGCUCAGUGGCUCUCCCCAGGAAAGUCUCCUGGAAAGGGCACCUCAGCUUAUGCUCAGUACAGGGAGAACAUUAGCAGGGAGGCAAAGUCUGCUCCCCAUGACAUCAGCUGUCCCUUCUUGGACAUUCUAUUGUCUCCUAGAGAGUUCUGGCAUCCUCUGUGAUGUCACCAGACAUCAGUGACAACCAGUGCCCUAGUUUCUCUCAGUCUGAGUCUGGCAGUUACAAGCUAAGACAUGUUUUCCCGUCUUCGCAAGCGUUUUGGGAGGGGGAACGUCGAUUGUGGAGAGACUAAAGUGAAGGAGUUUGGCCUUUCGUCUCAAAGUAAUGAUGGAGAAAGACAGCACUUCUGGGGAAUGUUUAACACUGGGAGAGAAACAUCAUCCCCUGGCACUGAACUAAGCGAGAAUCAGGCCAAGAAGGAAAAGGAGAGGCUGAUUAAAGAGCUGCAGCUCAUUACCGAGGAGAGAAAUGACCUGAGAGAUCGCCUGAGGUUUCUGACAGAGAGAUCCAUGAAGAACAGGCCACACUUCAGGCCAAAUCCAUAUUAUGAAGACCUGGAGAGAAUGGAGGAGGCGGUCAUGUCAAUUCUGCACAACUUAGAGAUGGAGAACACUGAGAUCCAUGAGAACAACCGUAAGCUGAAGAAGGAGAUUACCUUCUCUAGAAACCUGCUCAGCCAGCUCCUGAUGGAGAACACAUGUAGGAAGAAGUUGCUCCCACUGAAGCAGGAGAGCAAGGAGGGACAUCUUGAGUGUGCAAUGAACCAGAAAUAUUUGGUUGACUUCAACAAGAAAGAUAAAGACCAGCAACCUCCAGACCCAGCAUCAUCAGGUACGGAGGGGCAGCUGUUAGCUUAACAAUAUCUGAUAAAAUUUGCCAAUUUGAUACAUCUUUGCUCUCUCCUACCACCUUUCUAAUUUACACACACAACCUGCCAACCACCUCAUGUAAUGGAAUUUUUCAUUUCUCUGCCUAUGCACAAGUAUUCUGGGAAGUCAACCACUUUUCAGAAACUGAAUUAUUUUGCAAGUAUAUUUUGCUGCCACUUUUGAAGCUGCAUUAUAGAAAUGGUGACAGAUCAAUAACAUAUCACAUUAUUGCACAUGCACAUGAUAGAUUGGAUGCUAUGUAGAGUUUUGAACAUGUUCUUGGUUCUUGAGAAAUGACAAGUGGUCAUGUGACUUCUUGUGUAGGAAGCACCUUUCCGGGAUAAGAACCAAGUGCAAAUGUCAAAUUAGUACUUGUCAUUGGCUUUAACCUUGGUGACAUAUGGACAUCUCCUUUCUUCCUGCAACCCAAUGAGGUCCCUUCCAUUGCCCUGUUCUUGGUUUGCACUGGUAUAAGUCUGGGUCCCAUAUUGGCAGCCCACAUUACUGUGAGGGUUUCUGGAGAUUUUCCCUGCCCACAGAGUUAGCAACAAUGAUAUCAGUUAAAAGGUCCAUGUUGACUGUCCAAUAGAACUGAGGUGGUAGAAGGCAGCAUUCUGACAGCUGGCUUGCUUUUCAACACCAAAUCAGUGUCUGAAAAACUGCCUUCCUCUCCCAGGUCUCAGAAAGUGCAAGAGAGCUGGAAUUGGACACACAGCAGUAAGAGAGCUUCCUGAAGAAUAAGUUGCUUUCUCACGAGUCCCUGAUGACAAACAUCCUGAACGGUAACAACAUUUUUUGGAUGAGUAUUCUUCCUCAGAGUUAAUUUGUCAUUUCUUAGAGACCCUAAAUUUAUAUAAAACUAAGCCAGCCUGACUGAUUGAGGUCUUACUCACUUUCUUCUUCAGAAAACAUCACUUGAGAGACAACUUGGGGGACCGCCUUUCAUUAUGUGUGCUAGAGGAGAAACAGCAAUACAUCUGUGCUUCUAAAUGUUCGUUAAGAAUAUGCUGUUUAGAAAUAUUUUUGUUAUGAUUUUAAUUGAAGUUUUCUUUUUGUUGUUUCAUAUUUAUAUGUUCUUGUUACUAUUUUUACUUUCAAAUAUUUUUAAAUAUUUUUAUUCAUUCAUUUUAAUCCUGUUUUGUUGUAAAAAUGUAUUCAAUAUGAAUAAAUAUUGAUUUCUAUC